AUGGGUGAAUUGCUUCUGCUGGACAAGGCGCUAAUUGCUGACGACCCCGCCAUAUCUCGCUCAGGACAUCUUCGUGCCCAAUUCACUCCUCAAGACGCUCAACACUCAGCCAUGGAUGACUGGAAGGAAGACGACUGGUGGUCUCAGUCUUUAAAGAAGAAUACAGCCCAUAGGCAAGCGGCGCACGGAAAAUUCAAUGCCCUGCCCGUCGAGCCCAGUCUCUGCGAUGUCUGUAAAUCCAUCGACUUUGGAUACCUCUUUUUUGGUGACCCCGCCACCGGAUACCGAAGAGACAGGAAAGAAACGCUCUCUCUAGGGAGCCUACCGAGUGUCUCACAAAGAGCCUCUGACGGAUGCCCGUUCUGCAGAGACAUUGCCAUUCCCACUGCGCAGACGCUCCUGGAACGUUUGAGACAGUCCGGAAAGACAGUCACCCCAGAUCGCGUGUCUGUCCAGUUCAGUGUGAACGACAUCCGGCUCUCGCGCGAUGUGCCCCGCCUACAUCGGUCGAAUGGACUGUACAUGGGGGUGGCCCUGCACAGGCAGAGCGUCGGAUGUGACGCCAGCACAGUCGAAGAUGAAAAGGAUAUAGAGCCACCGAUAUGUUUGAUGGACCACGAAUUGUCAACAUAUAGGGAGUUGAAGCCUCUGGUCGAGCUAGAGGAUUGCAAGAAAUGGCUGCAGGGGUGCUGCGACCAGCACGAUCGGUGCAACCAAAUACAGGAGCCUCGUUUUGACAACCCACGGUUCAAAUUGAUCGACGUGCAACGCCGGCGCAUUGUCCAGACCGGAUCGCAGCAGGAACCUCGAUACGCGACCUUGAGUUAUGUUUGGGGACCUGUCACCAACAUGUGGACGUUGACGGACCGCAUGGAAUGGAUGGAGGACGGGGAAGGCAUGCGUUACUGUGUGCUUCCGGACCAGCUGCCGCAGACCAUUGAAGACGCCAUACGCGUGACGCACGGUCUAGACCUACCGUACUUAUGGGUGGACGCCGUCUGCAUUAUACAGAACGACGCGGACGACAAGCAGGCGCAGAUCGGGGCCAUGUACCAUAUCUACGCGGAAGCGCAUGUCAACAUCGUGGCGGCGUCCGGAGAGAACGCACAUUCAGGGCUUCCCGGCGUCAGCCUUCCUCGCCCAUUGCCCGGGAGCAAGAGCGUUCGGAUCCGACAAGGCGUGUCUGUCGGAAUCCCACAACCGCCUCUGACAAAACACCUCCAGGACAGCAAGUGGCGGACCCGAGCGUGGACCUAUCAAGAGCUGAUCCUGUCGCGACGCAGCCUGUUCUUCACAGAGCGGGAGGCAUUCUGGUACUGUGGAUUCAGCCUUCACAAGGAAUCGGCCGUCUACGGCGGCGAGGGCGAGGAGGACUACGGCUGGGGCGACGGAGACGCGGAUCUCAUCGGCAACGCGUCCGUCAUGAGGGCGAAAAUGGACCGAGAACCAGACAUGCUUGGUAAGAUGUAUGUAGCAGCCGUGGAGGAGUACACAGUCCGCCAGCUGUCAUAUCAGAGCGACGGCCUCAACGCAUUCUACGGGAUGUCGACCUACUUCAGUCGCUUGUUCCAGUGCGAGAUGAUAUACGGAUGUCCGAAAUGGAUGCUGGUCGAGUGUUUGAAAUGGAGUUCGCCUUUGCUUGGUCCUGACUGCUGGCCCGAACGACGACAGCUGGACGACGGUCCCUUAUUCCCGUCCUGGGCGUGGGUGGCGUGGAAAUGUGCCGUGAAUGUCGAAUUGAGGUCGUCGUAUUUCUGGGGCUCCCAGAUCAAGAUCUUGGAGCCCUCGUGCUUUGCCCCCAUCCCGUAUACCCCAGCUCUACGGCAGGAGUUUGCCGUGGAACAAGUUGAUAACGAGGAACACCUCAGUGGGAUUCUGCCUGUCGUCACGAAGAUGGGUCGUUGCCAGCUCGUGGGGCUGGAUUUGCAAGGAUUCGCCGACAUCUACACUCUCGAUGGAUCAUACAUGGGCGACUGUGAUGUCCGCGGAUGUCUGGAGCUCGAAGAGGACCAACGUCUCGACGCACACGUGAUACAGCUCAUGAUACGGCACCGCAAGGGCCAAGCAUCCCACUGCUCGGCGAUGGUCGUGCGGCUACACGCAUGGCCGCCAGGCAGCGGAAUUGCAGAAGAGCUGGCCGAGCAGGCGCUGACCGCCACUUCGUUCCCAGCCACUGCUCGCCAGAUGUAUACUGCAGAGCACGAGCCGCAGCACAAGGAGCCGCCGUGUCCACCGGGCCUCGCAAUCUCCGACUCAGUCAGGGGCAUCGGUCCAGGCCAAUUCGUUCUCGCAACGCGUCUAGGCACCGCACGCCUCGAGGCAGCCGUAUGGGAGCGCGCGGAUCUUGCGGACACGGUGGUGUUUCUGGGAUAA